AUGGAGGAGGUCGGCGAGCGGCGCGGGAGUGGCGGCGCCGGCUCGCCCCGCCCAGCGUCCCGCGCGGGCUCGCUGACGCCCGUCGUGAGCGGCCCCCGCCCGGGCCAGCGCCCUGAGUCCCAGCCGGGCUCCGAUUGCUCCGACGGCAGCGAGGAGGCGUCCCCUGAAGCGGCGCCAGAAGCGGCGGCGGCUGGGUCGGCUGCUGGGGCGCAGGAGGAGACCCGCGGGUGCCCCGAGGCGGUCCACGGUGGCAGGCCGCCGCUGGCUCCCGCCGCGGCUCCCGCGCAGCCGGAGGCGGAGGAGGCGCAGGCCGCCAGGAAGGGCGCCAGGGUGACGUUCAACGCCUCCCACACGGACUACGACGUCGUCCUGGCCGCCGCGGAAGCCAGGGGCUGGCGCGUGGUCAAGAACGAGGACAAGGCCGGCCAGUGCCAUGUCCACUGGAUCGACGACGGGCAACCCCCGACGAUCGGGGAUUGGCUCAAGCGCAUCGAGCCGUGGAUGCGGGUGAACCACUUCCCGGGCAUGAACAACGCGCUGGCUCGCAAGACGAGGCUGGCGCGCAACAUGUCCAGGAUGCAGAGGAUCUUCCCGAAGGAGUACAACUUUCUUCCCCCCACGUGGGUUCUUCCAGACGACCUGGGCGAGCUGGAGAGACGAAUCGGGGAAGACUCGAAGGUCAUCUACAUAGUGAAGCCCGACCAUCUGUGCCAGGGCCGGGGUAUUUUCCUUACAACAGAUUUGGAUCGUAUCCGGCAGUGCACCAAGGAAAUGAGAGAAAAGGACCAGGCGGCUGUUGUCCAACGUUACCUGAUGAGGCCAAUGCUUAUUGAUGGCCUGAAGUUCGAUCUUCGACUGUACUUCCUGGUGUGCGGAAAGCCCAGCCAGGGCGGACUUGACUUGCGGUGCUUCCUGUUCAAGGACGGCCUGGUGAGACUCUGCACAACGCCUUACCAGCCACCGACGGAGGAGACCAUGAAGCAGAAGUGCAUGCACCUGACGAAUUACGCCAUCAACAAAAAAAGCAAAAACUUCCAGCAGAACGACGGCGAAGACGGAGGCAGCACGGGCAACAAGCGAUCUUUGAGCUGGUUUCUCAACUAUGUCGAAGAGGAGCACGGUCCGAAGGAACGCAGAAAGCUUUGGAUCAAGAUGAUGGGUCUCUGUUCAAAGCUCCUCCUAACAGUCCAGCCAACCUUGGAGGCAGAGUACUCUGGCGUGUUCCCUCGCGACCUGUCGGGAGGAGACAUGGGCUGCCGCUGCUUCGAGGUCCUUGGGAUAGACGUGAUGCUCGAUUCCAAGAUGAAGCCGUACCUCAUCGAGGUAAACCACCUCCCGAGUUUCACCUGCGACUCCCCCCUGGACGAGGACAUCAAGCGGCGCCUGAUCGACCAGACCAUGGACCUGACAUGUGGGAGCGUGACCAACUCCGCCAAGAAGGCCAGUGAGAACUGCUCGCUCGGGAAAGCUUGCACGGCGAGCGGCCUCCUCGGCCACGUCCUGCUCGUGCUCGCCGAGCCCGAGCGCGUGUUGCGCGACUCCGAGGAGGGCAGCUUUCUCGAGGCGGCCUGGCCCAGCGACGAGGAGGUGCGGGAGCUGUGGAAGGUCACAACUGUGGAGAGCACCCGGGCAGAGAACGGGCUGCACCAGACGACGAUCUUGAUGUACGUGGAGCCCUUCACUAGCCAGCUGCGGCUCAUCGGGGAGAUGAAGGAGGAGGACACCCUGCAGCUGAGCGAGGACGCAGAGGCCCUGGAGCUGUGGCAGAGCCCCGCGCACCUCAGGGCCCGGCUGCGCCCAGACCUGAUGGCCGCGGUUCUGGCCGAAAUGAGGCCCAGAACUCGAAGACAGGGGCGGGUAGUCUCGGGUUCGGUGCGCCCCACCGCUUGCUGACCGGCGUCCGACUGUCUCAGACCACGUGGCUCCCGCUGAUUUUAGG